AUGUGCAUCUUAAUGGCUACUACUGCUCAUCCCAAGUAUUCCUUGAUCCUGAUAUCAAAUAGAGACGAAUUUUAUGAGAGGAAAACGCAUCUCAGCUGUCUAAAUCACGAUGAUUUUAUCCUUUCUCCCUUUGAUAUGUCUUCCAAUUCAAAGGGGGAACAAAGCCACGGAACGUGGUGUGGCGUUAACAAAGAGGGAAAGGUCGGAGUCAUACUAAACUUGAGGCUAUCAGAUUCCACCAAGACAGCUACAUCUAAAACACCAUUCUCCCGCGGUGCAAUCCCCAUUGAAUAUCUUCAGGAUAAAGGGAGCGAUUUCCAAGACUGGAAUUCCUACAAAAAGUUUAAUAAGCAUUAUCCUUAUCUGUCCGAGACUGGCUCUUUCAAUUUCUUUUACGGGGAUAGCAGAGUAGGAGCAUACAAAGUGAUCGAUUCAUUGGGCAAUGACUACUCUGUAUUAACAGAUACUAACCCCUACAUGGUGAUUUCAAACGACUUAGUGAAUAGUUCUGAGAAGUGGGGCAAGGUAAAGCUUGCAGAGGAUUUGCUUCACAAGAUGGUACUGAGUUCUUUGGACGAUGAAGAAGAUAUUAUUCUCGAGAAGUGCUUCGCUCUUGCAUCCAAUUCAGUACAGGACCAACCUGCCACAAAACAAGAAGCAAUUACAAGUGCAUGUAUUUAUGUUCCACCUCUUCUGGUGCCCGAGAACAAAGAUCUAGGAGCUUCUUUACCAUGUGGAAAAUAUUAUGGUACUCGUUCGCAGAUUGUCACCCUGGUGAGCGAAGAUAAAAAGUUGAUCACUUUUGUUGAGCAUGUUGUGCACGAUUCCGAUGCCGAGGCAAUGAUAUUUACUCCCGAGAAGCCAAAAAGCAUAGUGAAAUUCCAUAUAAAGUUAUGA